AUGGCACUAAAAUUACUGUGUUUUUCAGUGCUGUCUCUUCAAGACACAUUAUUCUCCUGGUUCCUGGUCAUGGAGCUGCAGGUGUGGCUAGUCUCAGUGAGGCUAAUGGCUGAGGGAGAGGAUGGCAAGACAGCAAGAAAUGCCCUCAUCUCUGCACUAUGGGAUGACACUAAUGCCAAAAUCAAGGAUUUGGGUGUGCGGUCUACCAGCAAGAGAGCUGACCUAGAAGAUAUGAACUCGCACUUACAGACAUCACUUGUGAGCUAUGAUGAGGGUCUGCUUGGGAGCGACCGAGACCUGGCAGGAGCCGUGUGGCGGAGACUUGUGAGACGUUUAAUAGAUAAUGAGGCUGGGGAAGAACAAGACACCCAGACGAGUAAGGUGCUGGAAAACAUUGCUGAGCCUCAGGCUGAUCCUCGCUGCCUGGAGUCCCUCGUCAGCUACAUCAGGCAGCAGGUGCAGCUGCUGGAUGCUCUGGACACCGACGCUCUGCUGACUGCAAAGCUUACCUGGACGCAGCCCAGCCUACCAGAGACUUUCACUUAGCUGCGACCUCGUGCUGGAUUAAAAAUUUUUACCUUCAGUAAUAAUAGUCAAAAAUGAUGUCCUAAAGCUCAAGGCAACUUCACCCUCAAUAUUAUAUAAUAGUUGUGUUAUAUAGUGGAUAUAACAGUUCUUUUAUACACUGAGUUUGUUUCGGUGAUUCAAGUCAAUCUCACCUUGACUACAUCUAUAACCUAUUCCACCCUUCCUCUCCAGGCAAAUGACGUGGAAACGACGUUGAUUAAGAGUUCAAUCAACGUUAUUUCAACGUCAGAUGCCUGCUGGGGAUCCUAACUUGGCUCUCUACAUAAUAAAUGUCGGAAUGCUUCAAACACGCCAUGUUGAUGUCGUCAGUGGUGUAAAUUUGAUGGUAUUUGCCUUGCAUUUUCUUGUGUAUUGUUCAUGGAUUAUUUAUAAUUUUGUUAUCGAAAAAACGCGUGAAAUGGCGGCUGGUGAAGUAGUUUAUCUAUAGAAUAUGUAAAAGAAGUUGCAAAUCCUUGCAGAAGAAGAAGUUGCACAGAAAAACAGCAAUAUCUUCCCAUGGAAAGAAAAAAAUAGUUUUGAAAAUUCGAGUUCUGAUUUUCUUAUCGUAAAUUAUUAUGUAUUUUUUUAGAUUGUGAUUACCGUAUGUUUUGUUGACAUGUCGUCGAUAUUAUUUAGACAAAAUGCUCCCAGAAUAGGUUGACAGAUAUAUACGUUGUAUGGAUUCAGUCAAAGUGGAAGUGUAAAUACUACUGAGGUUUUUGUACAAAUAAAAAUGAAUGAAAAUUU